AUGGUUUCUCCAACCCAUUCCCUCCUCUUCUCCUGUCUCCUAGUAGCUUGUCUGGUUUCAACCUCACAAGCAUACUUGGGAGGCAAUGGCUAUGUCUACGGCUACGGUACCGGUAGCGGAACCGGCAAAUCUUCUGGAUAUUCAGGGAAGAAAAUCAUGAACAAAAUUGACGGUUGCUGGCGCUGGAAUUCUAACUGGGCAUCCAAUCGCCGUGCCUUAGCCGACUGCGCCAUAGGCUUUGGCGAGGGGGCGAUCGGAGGAAAAUACGGUAAAUUUUACGUAGUUACCACUCCGGCCGACGAUCCGGUCAAUCCGAAGCCGGGCACACUUCGGUAUGGUGUAAUCCAGACACAGCCUCUAUGGAUAAUAUUUGCUAGAGAUAUGGUUAUUAAGCUACAGAACGAGCUCAUUAUGAACAGUUACAAGACCAUAGAUGGGAGAGGAGCCAAGGUGGAGAUAGCUUACGGACCUUGCAUUACAGUACAAGGUGUGAGCCAUGUCAUAAUACAUGGGAUAAGUGUACAUGAUUGUACACGUGGGAAGUCGGGGAUGGUCCGUAGCUCUCCGACCCAUGUCGGCCAUCGAUUGGGGUCCGACGGCGACGCCAUUACCGUGUUUGCAUCGUCAAACGUCUGGAUUGACCACUGCUAUUUCGCACGAUGCUUUGAUGGCCUCACCGACGUAACCCAUGCUUCAACUGCCGUUACCAUCUCCAACAAUUAUUUCACCCAACAUGACAAAGUGAUGCUAUUGGGACACAAUGAUGCUUUUACUGCGGACAAGAUUUUGAAAGUUACCGUGGCCUUUAACCAUUUUGGACCAGAAUGUGUGCAGAGAAUGCCACGGGUCAGGUUCGGGUAUGCCCAUGUAGUGAACAACAGAUACGAUCAAUGGCUACUGUAUGGUGUUGGUGGGAGUGCCAAUCCAACAAUCUUUAGCCAAGGAAAUUACUUCCUUGCCCCCAACAAUCGCGAUUUCAAACAGGUGACUAAGAGAGACUGUAAAGGGGGAUGGGUGGAUUGGAAAUGGAGAUCUUCCGGUGAUAUAUUUCUGAAUGGAGCUUAUUUUGUUCAAUCUGGCUAUGGGUCAUGCUACCCACGUUAUGCCGAAUACCAGUCACUCACAGCUGCACCAGCAUUCAUGGUGCCUGCCUUAACAGCUGAUGCUGGUCCUCUUCACUGUGUUCCAAGAAAACUGUGCUAA